AUGGCGCUCUCGCGCGUGCCUGGAGAUGAGAAUCUUUAUGUUGGAGGGAUCUUCACACUACGACGUAGAAGUGCUCUCGAGAACACCGGGAUCACGCAUAUAGUCUCUGUCUUGAAGUAUGACUUCAAAGACUUCGAGGACUGGGAUAAGUAUGGGCAUCUGAGCAUUGAAGUUGAUGACGUCGAGGAUGAAAAUCUUCUUGGGGAAUUUGAAAAGAGUGGAAAAUUCAUCGAGGAUGCGUUGAAGAGUGAGAAAGACGGAAAGAAAGGAGGAGUUCUCGUUCAUUGUGCUAUGGGAAAGUCACGAUCAGUAACCAUCGUGAUCGCAUAUCUUCUUCGGCAGUAUCCUCACUAUACUGUUUCUUUAGCACUCGCCUUAGUUCGAGAAUCUCGGCCCAUGGCAGAACCGAACGAUGGGUUCAUGGCUCAAUUGGAAUUGUACAAAGACAUGGGCUGUCCUCGUGACAUCGAUGCUCAUCCCAAAUACCAAAGAUGGCUCUAUCAGAGAGAGGUAGAGUUGGCGCUUGCGGCAGGUAUGGCACCAGAAAGAGUUCGAUUCGAGGAUGAAGAGGCCCAAGACGAGAGACAAAACGGCGACAAAGAAAUUGAACUCAGAUGUAGGAAAUGCCGCCGCACAUUAGCCACCACUCCCUAUCUCGUCACGCAUCUUCCCACGCCUCCCAAAACCCAAAUCGAUCCCAUGACAGAACCGAUAUCCUCACUCACGGAAUCACUACCUCCAGCACCUUUACACAAUGCAUGUACACAUCACUUCCUGCACCCUCUCUCAUGGAUGCGUCCAACACUUGAGCAAGGCUUGUUAGACGGACGACUCGAGUGCCCGAACCCCAAAUGCAAUGCGCAGAUAGGACGAUAUGCAUGGCAGGGUAUGAAAUGUAGUUGUGGUGUUUGGGUAUGCCCAGCCUUCAGUCUCCAAAAGGGACGUGUAGAUGAGAUAGUGAAAAGGGGGGAGGGCCGACCAGGGCAGGGCAGAAUCAGACUUCCCCCGGCAAUGAGAGGAGGAAAGCAAAACCUGUAA